CAAUUACCAUCAUAUCACUAGAAAAUGUCCCGAUAAUUCACUUCUACAUAGUACCUGGACAACCACCUACGGAAUCACACACAGCAAAAAUGUAAAACAUUACCAUCCCGCCAAACGAUCAUACUACCUACUUGAAAUUCUAUAUACGCAUACCAGUGUUCCAUCAGAGGCUCCCAAGUCAAAGCUGAGAAACGAAUUAUACUAUCAACACCAUGAAGACUGUUUCCGAAACCUUGAAUGACCUUUCGAUUUCGGUCGCACCAUCAAAAUCAAACUCGACAGUAUCCAAAGGCCUACCAGUUUCUAACCCGGGAGAGUGCUUCUGGCAAUCUGAAAAGCAUAGGUUGCAUGACCACCGAUCUACAGAAGACCUCCCAACACACAGCGAUUUAGUCAUUGUCGGUGCGGGGUAUGCUGGGGUUAGCACUGCAUAUCAUCUAGUUAAGGAGGGUGGUGACUCGGUUAAGUCAAUCACUAUUAUAGAGGCACGAGGUGCAUGUUCGGGUGCAACUGGUAGAAAUGGAGGACAUUUGAGACCAGAUCUGUACGGUCAUAUUCCAACUUAUGUUGAGCGAGGUGGACCACGUGCAGGAGCUGAGAUUGCUGAGUUUGAGAUUGCUCACGUCAAGGAGAUCAAGAAACUUCUCGAAAAGGAGAAGAUAGAUUGUGACUUUAGCCUCUGCCGUACAGUUGAUGUAUGGUGUAACGAGGAAAUGGCAAAGAAAGCUAAGGCGGUGUAUGACCAGAUGGUAAAGAACGAUUUUGAGUAUAUGGAUGAUGUCAUCUUCUAUACGGGAAAAGAAGUUGAGGGCAUCUGUGGAGUUAAGGGUGCAAAGGCUUGUGCUUCAUACACGGCUGGGAGUAUGUGGCCUUAUAAGUUUGUUCUGGGGCUUCUCGAAAUAAUCUUGCCAACAGGAAAAGUUAACUUGCAGACCAACACACCAGUGACUAGUGUAACCAGUGUAGCCAGUGGAGGCUUCACCGUUGCGACAAGCAGAGGAAAUACACAUGCUAGCAAGAUAGUAUAUGCCAACAAUGCAUACAUCUCUGCGCUUCUUCCUGAAUAUGACCAAAACAUAGUCCCUUGCAAAGGUAUCUGUUGCCGUAUAACUGUACCUGAAGGCAAGACCGCACCGCUUCUCAACAAUACUUAUAGCAACCGAACAGAAGACAACACCCUUUCAUAUCUUAUACCCAGAGCAGAUGGCAGCAUCAUCGUCGGUGGUGCCGCUUCGAAAUUUAGGCCUCAUAAAGAUCAAUGGUACAAUAACGUUGAUGACAGUAUUCUCAUCGAGUCAGCAAAAGACUAUUACGAGAAUUAUAUGCAGGAAAACUAUAAUGGCUGGGAGGACUCUGGUGCUAAAGUUGAUAAUAUCUGGACCGGAGUCAUGGGGUAUUCUUACGACUCAAACCCUCACGUUGGUGAAGUACCUGGAAAACCUAGUCAGUUUGUAGUUGCCGGGUUCAAUGGUCAUGGUAUGCCAGUCAUUUGGUUUUGUGGUAAAGCUGUUGCCAAGGUGGUCUCAGAAGAUGUACCGUUCGAGAAGACUAGUGUGCCACGAUUAUUCAAGACGACUCAAGAGAGAAUAGAUCGGGCCAAGAGUGGAAGCGAAGAGCAGGGUGAUAUCCUUGGUACCGGAAAUCUGAAAGCUAUAAAGCAAUGAGAGACGCCUCGGUUUCUCUUAUUUUUAUAUCGCUCUAGUAUCUCUAUUGCAAUGGAGAGCGGUUACACAUAGCUGGAUAAAGUAAUAUGGGUGGAUAAAAACACAUUGCGUCCUUGAACUAGCUUAUAGCAGCAAAUUGCCAGCUUAUCAUAGGCUUUUAGUUGUUAAAAAUAUUUGCCAAGACAAUCCUCGGCUGAUAGACAUGGAGUCUGUAUUCCGAUUCAUCAAUAUCGCUGCUUUGGAUGAAUGGAUUUACGGAGUAAACCUAGAAUUAUUACUGUUAUAUUAUAUGCUCUUUAUUCACAGGCUCCUGGUUCUUCAAAU